AAAAAUGAACAUUUUUUGGCGGGGAAAUUGCAAGACUGAAGCAUAAACCCUCCAUUGAAAAAUCCCAAAGAUCUGCAGAAAAAAAAAACACAAAGCAGUUUUAAACUCCAUUCUCUCUGAAGUCUUCAAUCUUCAACAGAAAAAUGGAUUCAGAUAGCGAUUCUGAUUGCUCUCACGUCUCUGCAACUCCACCCAGAAACUCAACUCCUUCUCCCCGACAAAAAAUUCCCAGAAAACCCAUCUUAAAUGUCAAACAAAAACCACCCAAAACCCCACAAAAACCCUCUUCGAUUUCCCCAAAAUAUCCACAAAAACCUCCUCAAGUUCAACACCCACUUCGCGAAUCAUCCAAUUCAACCCUCCUCCCAUGCUUUUCCCUCCCAAUUAAACGACCUACUUUUAGUAAUCCCGAAAUUUCUGGGCCCAAUUCUGUCAGGGCUGGUUUUUGUUCCUUUUCUAAAUCUAAUUCUUUCUCAAAGUUUCAGAACAAUUCUCUUAAUUUUGAUAAUGAUAGUGAAAAGGUUCCGAUUUUGCCAACUGGGGCGGGUUCGGAACCUGGGUUUGAUGUCAAUUUAGAAGGUGAAGGUGUUAGUUUGAAGAAAAGGGUAGUUAGGAGACCGUCAAAUUUGAUUGGGGGUGGAGCUAGGAGUGAGUCUAGUUCUAGCAUAGCACCUGCAAAAAGGCUUAAAGGUAGUGGUGAAGGGAAUUUUGUGAGGUUGAAUAUUAAUGGGUAUGGUAGUAAGAGGUUUAAGUUUAAGGGGAAGAAUAGGAACUUUAGUUCAUCAAGAAGAAGUAAUUAUUACAGGAGUAAGCGAAAAUUCGGAGCGAAAAAUGGGGAUGGAAAUAAUGAUGAGGAAGGUUUGGUUUUGGGGAGUAAUGGAAAGCAGGUAAAGGGGGAGAGUGAAAUGUCAAGUGUAGAUGCUGAAUUGAUUAAAAAAGCUGUUUUAGAUGUUAGGGACGAGGCGUCUGAUGAGAAUUUGGUGAGCUUAUUGAAGCUUACACAUGGUUAUGAUUCGUUUCGUGAUGGGCAGUUGGAAGCUAUUAAAAUGGUGCUUUCUGGGAAAUCAACUAUGUUGGUUUUGCCUACUGGUGCUGGAAAAUCACUGUGUUAUCAGUUGCCUGCUAUUGUUUUUCCGGGGAUUACGAUUGUUAUAAGCCCCUUAAUGGCUUUGAUGAUUGAUCAGUUAAAACAGCUUCCUAAUGUUGUGAAUGGUGCUUUCUUAAGUAGUAGUCAGUCGUUUGAGGAGAUGUCUGAUACUCUAAGCCUAUUACAAGAAGGAAGCAUAAAGGUGCUUUUUGUUUCACCAGAGAGGUUUCUGAAUGAACAGUUUAUCUCAAUCAUUUCCUCUUGCACAUUAAUAUCACUCAUAGUGAUUGAUGAAGCUCACUGUGUAUCUGAAUGGUCACACAAUUUCCGGCCUUCAUACAUGAGGCUGAGGGCGUCUGUACUCCGUGAUAAACUGAAAGCUGGAUGCAUACUUGCAAUGACUGCAACAGCAACACAAAAAACACUUCAUGCAGUUAUGCAUGCUUUGGACAUUUCCUCAACUAAUCUGGUGAAGACUCUUCAGCUGAGAAACAAUUUGCAGUUGUCUGUGUCUUUAUGUGGAAAUAGCAAGAUCAAAGAUUUGAUUGCAAUAAUCAAGUCAUCCCCAUAUGCCGAACUCAAGAGCAUUAUUAUUUACUGCAAAUUUCAGUCAGAGACUGACAUGGUCAGUAAAUACUUGAGCGAUUAUAACAUUCGUGCAAUGUGUUAUCACAGUGGCAUGAUGGCAAAAGAUCGUAGUCGUGUCCAAGCAUUAUUUUGUUCCAACAAGCUCAGAGUGGUUGUCGCAACUGUGGCAUUUGGAAUGGGGCUUGACAAAAGUGAUGUUGGAGCUGUCAUUCAUUACAGUUUGCCAGAAAGCGUGGAAGAGUAUGUUCAGGAGAUUGGACGUGCUGGUCGUGAUGGGAGGUUAUCAUAUUGUCAUCUCCUCUUUGACGACACCAGUUAUUUUAGGCUACGCAGUCUUAUGUACAGUGAUGGUGUAGAUGAAUAUGCUGUAAAUAAACUACUUUCUGAAAUUUUUAACCAUGGCACGAGACUUGAGGGAGAAAUUCAUUCACUUGUCAAAGAAUCUGCAUCUCGCAAAUUUGACAUCAAAGAAGAGGUGAUUCUAACAAUCUUAACACAAUUGGAGUUAGGUGAAGUUCAGUACUUGCAUCUUCUUCCGCAAAUGAAUGUUACUUGCAUCUUAAAUUUUCACAAGACCCCUGCAGUGGAGUUAGCUGCCAAAGACCCUCUAAUUGCAGGGAUUUUGAACAAGUCUGAGACUAAGCAUGGGCAACAUGCUUUUCACAUACCCACUGUGGCAAAUGCUAUCGGUCAUACAGCAACUGAGCUUCUAAGCCAGCUGCAGAACCUAAAGUUUAAGGGAGAAAUAACAUAUGAAUUGAAGGAUCCAGGCUACUGUUACGUCAUUGUGCAUGUUCCUGAGGAUGUAUGCUCUCUGGCUACCCAGAUGACCAAAUGGUUGUCAGAAAUUGAAUGUUGUAAGGUCCGUAAAUUAGAUGUGAUGUUCAAUGCUGCUACCUUUGCUGUAAAAUCAUGUGAAAGGACAAAUGGCUGUGAUGUCGUCCAGCACACAGCAUGUUUGCAGAAGAUGACUUCAGAAUACUUCAGUGAAGAAAAUAUCAGUGAUUUUCCCACCAAGAUCAAGCAAAACAGCCCAUUUCUUCGAGCAGAUAUUAAGGUUUUUCUGCAAGGCUCAGGGGCCAAAUUCACCCCGCGUGCAGUAGCAAGAAUAAUGCAUGGCAUUGCUAGCCCAGCUUAUCCUUCUGCAAACUGGUCAAAGACUCAUUUCUGGGGAAGAUAUACAAAUGUAGACUUUAAUGUAGUAAUGGAAGCAGCAAAAUUAGAGCUCAUAAAUUUUGUAGGGAAGGAUGGAACAUAGAGCUUUAUACAUGUUACCACAUUGGUUUAACAGAAUAGAUCUAAAAAGGUUUCUGCAGGUACAAGUUCAAACAUCUUGACUGUUCAGCAGUCUUAUUACGAAAAUGCCAUGCCCUGUUUGUUAUUGUUCGUCAUCACUGUGAACAAGACCAUGAACGGAGUAUAGCAAAUAGGAACCGGGUCAAAGACGGGUUCCAUGGUAAGUGCGCAGCAGUACGCACGUCACCCCUGUACAGAACAAUAGCUUAACAGAAGGCAAUAUGGAGUCUCCAUGUAUACACCUCUGAGUUGGUUUACGAAGUAGUAGUUUCGUAAUUGUAUUAGUAAAAAAAUUAUGAUCACUUUGAUAAGUUGUGCUUACCUAAUUUAUACAUGUAACACUAAUUUAUUGAUAGUAACACACUUGUGGUUUUUAUCCAUGUUAAAUACCUUGUGUCUUGUGUAUAUUAUACUUAUUUUUGUUUUGUCA